CAUCGACAAAAAUUAGGGGCUAGUGCAACUUUUCUAAUUUCCUCACAAGUUAACAGAAAAAAACAGAGUAAAACAGAGAGAGAAGCUUAGAGAGAGAGAGGGAGAGAGAGAGUUGCAGGAGAGAGAAGAAAACAGACGGCGAUGAAGGGGUUUGGAAGAUUGGUUUGGCGAGGCUUUUCACAGCAAACGCGAAUCAUUGAAACUCAGCCGAACCGGAAUAAUAACAAUAUCCGGUUUUUCAUUUCUCGCCGAGGCUUCAUACACGCUUCUUCGUCUUCUCCAACUUCAUUCCAUCACCAAUUCGAUCGCACUCCUUUCGCUUCCUUCAAAUCUUCCCCUGUUUCUCCCUCGCCAUUUCAGAAAUGGGGUUUUCUCGCCGGACAAAGGAGAAGUAUGUUUAUCGAAACACAAUCAACACCGAACCCAUCAUCUCUGAUGUUCUAUCCUGGGAAGCCUGUAAUGGAAGUUGGCAGUGCCGACUUUCCGAAUGCGCGGUCGGCCAUGAGCUCACCACUCGCUAAAGCCCUUUAUGGGAUUGAUGGUAUUACCCGCGUGUUCUUCGGAUCAGAUUUUGUUACCGUAACAAAGUCAGAAGAGGCUUCCUGGGAUUUUUUGAAGCCUGAAAUCUUUGCUGCAAUAAUGGAUUUUUAUUCUUCUGGGCAGCCACUCUUCCUAGACUCAGAAACAGCUGCAGCAAAGGACACAGCUAUUCAUGAGGAUGAUUCAGAAAUUGUAGCAAUGAUCAAAGAAUUGUUGGAAACUCGAAUUCGACCAGCAGUGCAAGAUGACGGUGGAGAUAUUGAGUACCGGGGAUUUGAUCCAGAAACUGGAGUAGUUAAAUUGAGAAUGCAAGGGGCAUGUAGUGGCUGCCCAAGCUCCUCAGUCACCCUGAAAUCCGGCAUUGAAAAUAUGCUGAUGCAUUAUGUACCUGAGGUCAAAAGUGUGGAGGAAGAAUUGGAUGCUGAAGAUGAGGAUGCAGCACUAACUGGCCAGAUGGAGUAAGUAUUAAGUUCACUUGCAAAGUGCUUAUUAGGCAAUAUUAGCUCAGAAGGAAGUUGGGAUUCACUUUCCUGUACAGUAGAAAAAUAAAGUUUGACUUUUGCUUAGUUUUUGCUGAGUUAUCAAUGUAAACUAUUACCAAAUAGAUGCGCAGUAGUAAAAUCAAGAGUUUCAUGCGUAUUGUAUAACUCAGGAAUUUUGACUGGCUUAUAUCUCAUUGUUUUCCUAUUUGUCUGGCAUACAGGAGCCAAAUUUUGGACUCCUAAUUUUAUUCUUUGAAAACGUUUGUCAUUUUUAAUGACAAUUUUUUGAUAUUAAAUAACAGAGU